CAUGCUGAUGCUUUCCAUUGUUACUGUAAAUCAUUGGAUCAGGAAGGAGUUUUCCCCUGCAGGAGCAGAUUGGAUCAUCCUUUGCUGGGUUUUUGCCUUCCUCUGGAUCAUCUGGGCGGACUGACCAUUUGGAAACUUGGGCACUGCCCGAGGGCCCGGGGGUCAGUAGGGGGCCCCAUGAGAUGCCCCUGGUACCUUUUUCAUAGGCUCUUUUGAGUGUGGGCAAGGACACAGGGGCCCCAUGAUCCCCUUUUGCCCGGGGGCCCCAUAA